ACAAAACUCACCAUAACCAUCCUUGGCAUGUAAUAUAUAUCACACCCAACGCAAUCCCAUGUACUCAAGUCUCGAAUUCUUGAUAGAAACAAGAUCAAAGAAGACCCAAGAACAUAGCACUCUGUCCUUGAAUCGAGAAGAAGAAAUGGUUGUUGAGUCGUUGGUUUCCUCUGCUUUCUGCCUCACUGGUUCUUCCCUUCCUCCAAUCCUUUGCCCCCUUAAGCCCAAUCAAAGGUACUCACAUGGGCGUUUAUUGCCAUUAACGCCGAAUCAGAAGCCAUGUCGCUUUGCUAGUAAGCAAAACAUUACCAACUUCAGUCCCAAGUGUGCUCUGAAAGGGAACUUGGAGGCCACCGGAGUUCCGACGUCGGUGCCGGUCCGUGUGGCUCACGAGCUACUGCAAGCUGGACACCGGUAUUUAGACGUCAGGACUCCUGAAGAGUUCAGUGCAGGACAUGCACCUGGGGCCAUUAAUCCCUACAUGUACAGAGUUGGAUCAGGUAUGGCAAAGAAUCCCAAUUUUCUUGCAGAAGUUUCAUCACAUUUUGGAAAAUAUGAUGAGAUUAUUGUUGGUUGCCAGAUUGGGAAAAGGUCGCUUAUGGCUGCCACUGAUCUGUUAGCUGCUGGUUUUAGUGGCAUUACAGACAUAGCUGGAGGGUAUGCUGCCUGGACACAGAUCGGACUUCCAACAGAAUCGUGAUGUGUGCUUGUAGACAAUACUGAUGACAUAAAUCCAAGGAAGAGCAAAGGCGAUACCAGUGAAGCAAAGGAGGUCCUGUUAAGAAAAAGUAUACUGAGAAUGUAUGUAUGUGUAAAAUGAGCUAAGAAUAAAAAUGAAAUUGUGAUGCAUGAGCUCAAUUAAAAAGAUGGUCAAGUUUCUUUCUUGUCAAAUUUGUAAAUAAAACCUCUCCUUGUAAAGAUGAUUAAUAAUAUUUAUACAACUCAGUUUACGCCCA